GGAAGAGUUCGAAGAAACACCAAACACGACAGAAAUCUAUUAUUUUAUCAAAAUUUCGUGUGAUACUUUUAGUUUCAAUCGAUUAUCUUUGUUUCAUGUUUUUACCGCAGAGAUUCAACUCCGCGAAUUCAUCCAAUUUGAUCCAGUUCUCUAGCCGUGUCACCAGUAGCAGUUGAACUCAGAAUCUGGAGCAGUCUCAGCCACAAUUCAGACAUGUAUUUGUGCUCACAGUAGCAAAUCAUACGUAUUUCAGCUGUUCUUAUUUGAUCAUGGGGAGUAAUAUCAGUUUUUAAAAGCGCAAGUCAUGGCAGGCCAUGCUGUUGUAGUGUGGGAGUGGGAAAACAGACAAGGCCGCUGGAGACCAUACAGUCCGGAAGUGUCACAACUGCUUGAGAGAGCUCAUUGUAAAAAACUCACUCGCGUUAUUCUCUCAGAUGCUGAUCCAAAUUUGGAGUUCUACUACAUCAAUUUGAGAACUAAACAGCAGUGCUCAGAAGAAGAUGGCACAGUUUACAACGUUAAGCGGACGUUCUAUCCACCAGAUUCACCAGCGGGGAAAGGUGCUAAGUGGGAGUGGGAAGGAGAUAUCACAAACGAGUGGCACACUUAUGAUAUGGAGGCUCAGUGCCUUAUUGAACAAGCUUGGGCAUCGGGUGAACAAACAAUAGACUUUAGCAAGACAUAUCUUGGUUUUCCGUACAAAUUAAAUUUUUGUAACCUAACACAAGUAAGAAAUACAACAGGUUAUGUGAGGAAUAUCCGAAGAACUCAACAAGCUCCAUACCCUCUAGUCAAAAUGCAGCCUGAGGAAGCCUGUCUCAUGGCAAGCCAAAGGAUAUAUCAGCAUCCUAACACAAGUAGCUGUUUGCCCGAUGGAGCUGUGAAAAAACAUCCAAAUUUAUUUUCUAGCACCCACAAGAAGCAUUUGAAAAAAUCCAAAUUGCCUGCAGAUGCGAGUCACUCUCAUAGCAACAACAUAGCUCGAACAAUUUUAAACAAUUUAAAUAUCUUUAGUCAUAAGGGUAGCGUAAGUGAACCUUCUCCCCCAGCGAGUGAUUCCUCAGUUCUAGAUGCCGACUCAAGUAGCACCAAAAGUGGAAGAAGGCCCAGUGUUGAUACAGUUUCAACCUAUCUUAGUCACGAAAGUGAAUUCCGCACCUCUCGUGCUGAUCUAUUGGAUGUCUCUGCUAGCAGUGAUGAUGUCUUUGAAAUCAGAAGCCGACAAGGAACUCCAAGAAAAGGUGCAAUUGUUGGUAUCGAUGCUGCAAGUGAAUGUAUAUCUCAAUAUGUUGAAGUUGUUGAGAGGAGAAUUGAAGAAGCAUGUCCUAUUUGUCUUGUCAGCUUAACACAGGCACCAGAUAUUUCUUCCGCAAACAUAGUAGUUUCCUUAGUGCGGUGUCGGCAUUGCAUGCAUCUGGAUUGCCUCAACGAACUUCUGUCAACUCAACCAAAUGCUCGUCAAUGGCUGUAUAUUCAGUGUCCAAUUUGCAUGACGAUUUAUGGAGAGAAGAGAGGAAACCAGCCUCCAGGCACGAUGGAGUGGGUUACGCUUAGCACGUCUUUGCCAGGUUUUCCUCAAGCUAGAACUAUACAGAUAACUUAUCAUAUUGCCUCUGGCAUUCAAACGGCAGAACAUCCAAAUCCAGGCCGACCUUACUAUGCUGUUGGUUUUCCUAGAGUAUGUUAUUUACCCGACACGGAGAAAGGCCGAUUAGUUCUAAGAUUAUUAAGUAUUGCUUUUAAGCGAAGGUUGAUCUUCACAGUCGGUCGCUCAGUCACCACUGGACGCGAAGAUGUUGUAACAUGGAACGAUAUUCAUCAUAAGAUACGACUGGAUGGCCAUCCUGAUCCAGGAUAUUUGGAUCGAUGUCUUGAAGAGUUGGCAGCUCACGGAGUGUUUGACUAUAAUCAGAUAUAUCAAGAACUGCAAUGAAUUUGAUUUGAUUUUUAUUAAUUUUUCAUUAUAAAAUUAUCUUGUUUAUCUUUCUUGCCAUAUCUUUAUU